AUGUCAGCCCAAUUGAAAAUUAACACAACCCAAUUCACUUUAAACACCGGCGCUAAAAUCCCAGCAGUUGGUUUGGGUACAUGGCGUGCAAGUGAAAAAGAUGCUGCUUACAAUUCUGUCUUGACUGCGUUAAAAAAUGGCUACAGACAUAUUGAUACUGCUGCUAUCUACGGAAACGAGGAGGAAGUAGGUAGAGGAAUUGCUGCAGCAGGAAUCCCAAGAGAGGAAUUAUUUGUCACUACUAAAUUGUGGAACAAGAAACACAAGGAUGUCGAAGCUGCUUUAGAUGAGUCUUUGAAAAAAUUGGGUCUCGACUAUAUUGAUUUGUACUUGAUCCACUGGCCAGUUUCAACCGAUCCAGAGACCGACAAGCCAUACUUAGAUCACGACUUCGUUGAUACUUGGAAAACUUUGCAAAAGAUUUACAAAGAAGGUAAAAAGGUCAAGGCGAUUGGUGUUUCAAACUUUACUGUCAAGAAAUUGGAAAAACUUUUGAAUGCUGAAGGUGUUGAUGUUGUUCCAGCUGCUAACCAGGUUGAAGCUCACCCAUUGUUGACUCAACCUGAAUUAUACGACUAUUUGAAAUCAAAGAAUAUUGUUUUGGAAGCUUAUUCACCAUUGGGAUCUAGUGAAUCCCCAUUAUUCAAAAACAAGACGAUUACUGAUAUUGCCGAAAAGAAUGGUGUUGAACCAGCCCAAGUCUUGGUUUCAUGGGCUGUACAAAGAGAUACUGUUGUUUUACCAAAAUCUGUCACUGAUUCAAGAAUCAUCUCGAACAUCAAGACCUUCACAUUAAGCAAAGAGGACUUUGAAAUUUUGAACAAGCUUUCUGAGAAAGAUGGUGUUGUUAGAACCUGUAACCCGGGAUUUAAUAACUUCGAUGAUUAA